ACUCAGGAGACCAAAGAUCUCAGCAUGUCCACCCGAACACAUAAAUUUGGCCGGCAGAGUGGCGCUGAUGAAGAUGAUUAUGGUGCGUCUGGAUACAGCUCCUAUUGGACAAAUCAGGAAUCUGGAGGGGGCUACAAAGACGAGGAGGAUGACGACUUUGACGAUGAUUAUGAUGAAGAGGACGAAGAUGAAGAUGACGAUGAGGAGGAGGAAGACAACCCAGAGGUGGAGGACUCUCUCUCAAAUCUGAGUUUGGGAGCAAGUGGAAAGACCCAAUAAAAAUGCAAUUUGUAGAUGGGAUUCAGAAAUUCAGAUAUAGGUGUCAUCUAAUAACGUGUCAGAUAUUUGGCCUUUUACCUAAGGUUUUCUGCAUUGCAUUGAUAUGAAUGUGUGCAUAAAUGUCUGACGUUGUCACCUUUUUGAAUUUUAAAUAUAU